AUGGAGCGAUGGAACUCACGAAAUCUCAACGACUAUUUGGCUAAUUUUAGCUACAUUGGAAAAAUAUUUAACAAUUACUUUAGAUAUACACUGUGUGAUGACGAUUGGAGUGUGUACAAAAAUUUUGCUUCAGUCACUGUUAAUUCAGCAGAGUUCCCACAUCUGUAUCGAUGGUUAGAACAUCUAAAACUGUUGAAAAACAAUUCGAUAUCUUCAUCCUCAAAUUUCUCAGCGCUGAACAAGGUUUUAAAAAGCGAAGCGUCACCAUCAGUGGUCGAAGAGGAAGAUAGUACGGAUUUACCUCAGAAAUUAUUGUAUCAUCUUGCUAAGCAUGAAGAAUUCGACUCUUUGAAAUAUUCUGCGGAAUGCAAUGAAAGUCAUCAAAAGAUUAUAGGCGCUGUAAAAAGCUUGGAAGCAACAGAAGGAAUCAUAAAAACUGAAGAAAAAAUUUCAAAAACUUUGGAAUUAACUCCUGAAGGAAAUGAAAUAGCGGAAGGUGGAUCUCAUGAAGCAAAAGUUUUCAUGCUUAUAGGACCACAAGGAGUCCAUCAGGAAGAAAUAAUAAAGCUACCUUUUGGCAAAGUCGGAAUGAGUAAAGCGAUUGCAUUUGGAUGGAUUAAAAUUGAUAAAAGUGCAGGCAAGCUUCGUUUGUUGCAAAAUGUGGAAAAAAUCGAGGACAAAGUACAGAAGGACCUUGUGGAAAUUUUAAGAGGGAAUGCACAGGAAGUGGAUAAGAAAUCUGUAGCAGAGCUGAAAAAAAGGAAAUUGGUCACAGAAAUUACCAUCAAAAGCUAUAUGGUACAGAAAGGACCAGCAUUUUCAACAGUCUUAAAUAAGCCAGAGGUCGAUUUAACAGCGGAUAUGAUUGCCAGCAAGUCAUGGAAAAAUAAAACUUUCAAGAAGUAUAAUUUUAAUGCUAUGGGUUUGAUGCCAGCUAGUGGCCAUUUGCAUCCGUUGAUGAAAGUACGAACUGAAUUUCGACAAAUUUUUUUUCAAAUGGGAUUUGUUGAAAUGCCUUCCAACAGGUAUGUGGAAAGUUCUUUCUGGAAUUUCGAUGCACUUUUUCAACCACAGCAGCAUCCAGCGCGUGAUGCUCACGACACUUUUUUUGUUUCGGAUCCAGAGAGAAGUUAUGAAUUUCCUGAGGAUUAUUUACAACGAGUCAAAAAGGUUCACAGUGAGGGUGGAUACGGUUCUAAGGGUUAUAAUUAUGACUGGAAAUUAGAAGAGGCCCAAAAAAAUGUGCUUAGGACACAUACUACUGCUGUUAGUGCGCGACAGUUAUAUAAACUUGCUACAGAGGGAUUUAAACCUACAAAAAUGUUCAGCAUUGAUAGGGUUUUCCGGAAUGAAACUUUGGAUGCUACGCAUUUAGCUGAGUUUCAUCAAGUCGAGGGUAUUGUUGCAGAAAGGAAUUUGACGCUUGCACAUGUUAUGGGUCUAUUCACUGAGUUUUUCCAUAAGUGCGGUAUUACAAAUCUUCGUUUUAAACCAACUUACAAUCCUUAUACAGAACCGUCAAUGGAGAUAUUUGCUUACCAUAAGCAGUUAAAUAAGUGGGUGGAAAUUGGCAAUUCAGGAAUGUUUCGGCCAGAAAUGUUGCUACCAAUGGGAUUACCUGCAGACGUAAAUGUUGCUGGUUAUGGUUUGUCACUUGAAAGACCGACAAUGAUUCGCUACGGUAUUGAUAAUAUACGUGAUUUGUUUGGUCCAAAAGUUGAUUUGCGAAUGAUUAAUGAAAAUCCAAUUUGUCGGCUUGAUAAAAAUUAA